AUGACGCCCACGACCACAGCUCCAUGGAGAAAUGGGAUCCGCCACCUCUGUAGUGUUCGACUAAGACCGGCACCUGAAAGACGAGACACCUCGGGCACAAGGAGACCGGCAUCCGCGUCGUCACCAAACAGUACAGCCACGUCGACUGCAUCAAGACGGUUCUCUCUCUUGCCCAAGGCGAUGAGUAAUGCGUUCACCGAGUCAAAGGAAACGACGUUCAGUCGCGGCUCUGUCGACACGUCAAGGCCAUUCAUCUGUCACCCACCGCAGUCGGCGCCCCGCAAGCCGCGCCGAAAGGAUCCACGAAAGGCAAACCACUCCCGAUCUACCAGUAUUGCAGCUCCACCCUCUGAGGAGGAUGUAGCCCCAUCGUCCGCAUCCUCCUCUCUUCCUGUGACACCAAUGACGAGCACAAAGGUGUGCAAGGAAAAUACGACCGCCACAUUAUUCACCGAGGCACCACACGCAACGCUCACAAUGGAGGGCGUGGGCGGUGGUCGCGCCUCCGUCCGCUCUCAGUCGCCGGAGCCGCUUCGGCAGCAGUGGGACGCCGCCAAUGCAUCCAACGCCACAAUGUCGACCUUCACAGUCACUCCGCCCUCCCGCCUCGAGCGACACCCACGACCACUUUUGCUACGACGUUACGUGGAGCGCCAGUUGAAACCCUUGAGCGCCAAGGAGAUGCAGAUGGCGACGGUGCCAUUCUCGCCCCAUCAAGUUGUGGCACCGAGUUGCAACACAACCAACGACCCUGCAACGCAAGCAUCGCUGAAGAUUGCUGUUCCGCCGCUGUCGCCACAACACGGCCAAACCACAGUGCUUGACACGGCGCAGGUGUGGAGUCCCAGUGCAACGGCAAGCAGCUCUACGAGCUUCAGCGUGACUCCCGAAAAGUUCAUCACGGUGACAAGCGGUGCUACCGCUCGGAGGAUGCAGCAGAGGCUAGCCGGAUUUGCCGCCUUUCGUCUGUCCUCCGGGGUCGAGGGACCGGGCGUUGCCACAGAGAACCCCAACGAGAAGUCGUUGCGUAGCCUCGGUGGGCGAAGCGGUAUGGAGUUGCGGCUGUUGGGAGAGUCGAGUAACGGCAUCAUGAGUCGGUCGUGCCCCUCGGUGGACAACUCAGCAGACGAGGGCACGAACGCCUUCUUGAUACAGCGCAGCUCCUCGUGGUCUGUGCACUCAGCAAGGAGCACCACAGACACUGGAGAAGUCACCAGCGCCGCACGCAAGAAGCGCCAAGCGGAGCGUAUGCUGCCCAUCGCACAUGAGCUCGAAGAAGAAUAUGUGACGAUGCACCCACAGUUGUCCAAGCAGUGCCUUCUGAAGAUGCCUUCUCUCAACAAGGAAACUUGUGUGAAUGAGGCGUGA